CUACUUUCUUCUCUUCUGUUUGACAUACAUGGAAAUGUUUAACUGUGUCAAUGUUUGUCAUGAAUACACACUAUGAUUAUGCUAUUAUUACUGUCAUAUUCAUUGUGGAAUUGGUAUUAUUCCCUCUUCUGGACUGUGAAAGUGGUUCGACAUUUCCAGUCACUUAGACAGUUGAACAGAGGUAACGGACCUGUUCAUUGAACUCUUCCAUACAGUGUUGAGGGCCUCCUCUGAGCUGAGCAACACUCCAGGGCAGUAGCCCUGCUGAACUUGAACCCUGCUCUCACAAAUCAACUCCAGAGACGUAGAGCCACGCGCCCCCCUCACCUCUCCUCAGCUAGACCAAUCCCCUUUAGGCACGGACAUAAAUACCUAGAGUGUCCAUUACAGAACAAGGCACUGAUUGUGUAUUUCUUAUGCUUAACCUCUGCACCCUGCAAGUCAUCUGUUUCCAAUAGUUUGCUACACUGCUUCCUUGAAAACCACCACAGGACCAUCCAUUCAUCUCCUCUGUUUAAACACGCUCUAGAAGAACACCUUUCUAACCCAAAACUGAAACCAGCUCCAUUGAUGAUGGAUGCUACGUUCCUGUCUAGCCUGGGCAAGUAUGAGAUUGCCAUCCCGGUUCGCGUGGGGCCGCAGGGCGAGACCCUGCACACAGGGGAUGGGGGUGCAGACAGCCCCAACAACCACCGACGGAGCCGCCGUAGUGCUGAGGAUCAGCAACAGGACCUGUCCCAGCUGUACUACCAGCUCUCUACCCCCACAACCAACUUUCUCCUCAACCUGACCCUGCAGGGGGGCCUGCUGUCCCGUCAGUUCCGUGUAGAGUACUGGAGGAGGGGGCGUCUGGCCUGGAGCCACCCUUACGCCCUUCAGUGUCUCUAUGUAGGCCAUCUGCAGGAUCAGCCCCACUCUAGCAAGGUGGCUCUCAGCAACUGUAAUGGCCUGCAGGGGGUGAUCGUGGCAGGGGGUGAGGAGUAUAUCAUCGAGCCUCUGACCCCGCCUGAAAACCUCACGAGGGCGGAGAGGGGGGAGAGCCGCCCCCAUGUGGUCUACAAGAGGUCAUCUCUUCGCCACCAGUACAUGGACCAAUCCUGUGGGGUCAUCGAUGAGAAGCCAGGGAAAGGUAUGGCCUGGUGGCAGAGGACUCUGAAGACACCUCCCAACCCCAUCGGCCGAGGCCAGCUGCCCCUGAAGAGGUCUGUGAGCAGAGAGCGCUACGUAGAAACACUGGUGGUGGCCGACAAGAUGAUGGUGGGGUACCACGGCCGCCGGGACAUCGAGCAGUACAUCCUGGCUGUCAUGAAUAUUGUUGCCAAACUGUUCCAGGAUUCUAGCCUGGGGAACGCAGUGAACAUCGUGGUGACCCGUCUCAUCCUGCUCAUGGAGGACCAGCCGACUCUAGAGAUCAACCACCAUGCAGGGAAGUCCCUGGACAGCUUCUGUAAGUGGCAGAAGUCCAUCCAGAACCGGAAUGGCAAUGGGAACGCCAUCCCAGACAACGGCAUCGCUCACCACGACACUGCCGUGCUCAUCACCAGGUACGACAUCUGCAUCUACAAGAACAAGCCAUGUGGAACCCUAGGUCUAGCUCCAGUGGGGGGGAUGUGUGAGCCAGAGAGGAGCUGCAGUAUCAACGAAGAUAUCGGGCUGGCCACAGCUUUCACCAUCGCCCACGAGAUAGGACACACGUUUGGGAUGAACCAUGACGGAGUGGGCAACGCCUGUGGCUCCCGCAGUCAGGAGACAGCCAAGCUGAUGGCUGCACACAUCACCAUGAAGACCAACCCCUUCGUCUGGUCCGCCUGCAGCCGAGACUACAUCACCAACUUCCUGGACUCAGGUAUGGGUUCAUGCCUCAACAACGUCCCACCGAAGCAGGAGUUUGUGUACCCCACCACGGCCCCCGGCCAGGCCUACGAUGCAGACGAGCAGUGCCGCUUCCAGUACGGAGUGAAGUCUCGGCAGUGUAAAUACGGGGAAGUCUGCAGUGAGCUGUGGUGCAUGAGCAAGAGCAACCGCUGCAUCACCAGCAGCAUACCCGCUGCAGAAGGAACCAUCUGUCAAACCAAUACCAUAGAGAAAGGGUGGUGUUAUAAGAGGGUGUGUGUGGCCUACGGGACCCGGCCAGAGGGCGUGGACGGCGGGUGGGGUCUCUGGACCCCCUGGGAGGAGUGUAGCCGUACCUGUGGGGGAGGAGUGUCCUCCUCCAUCCGCCACUGUGACAGCCCCAGGCCAACGAUUGGUGGAAAGUAUUGUCUGGGAGAGAGGAAACGCUUCAGAUCGUGCAAUAUUGAUGAGUGUCCUGCAGGCUCUCAGGAUUUCCGGGAGAUUCAGUGCGCCGAUUUCGACAGCGUUCCUUUCCGGGGGAAAUUCUACACCUGGCAACCCUACAGAGGAGGUGCGUACAGUGGAGUGAAGUCCUGCUCUCUGAACUGCCUGGCGGAGGGAUAUAACUUCUACACAGAGCGUGCUCCGGCUGUGGUGGACGGGACCCCAUGUCGGGACGACUCUCUGGAUGUCUGUGUGAAUGGAGAGUGCAAGCACGUGGGAUGUGACCGGAUCCUGGGCUCGGAUGUGCGGGAGGACCGCUGCCGUAUCUGCGGGGGUGACGGGAGCAACUGUGAGGCCAUAGAGGGCGUCUUCAAUGACUCCUUGCCUGAAGGAGGUUAUGAAGAGGUGGUCAGAAUCCCCAAAGGAUCUACCUUCAUUCAUAUUCAGGAGCUCAACAUCUCCCUCAACUACCUAGUGUUGAAGAGUAAAGGGGACCAGUACUUCAUCAAUGGGAAGCUGACCAUCGACACCCCUCGUAGGUUCGACAUCACAGGGACCACCUUCCACUACCGCCGACCCACUGAUGAGCCUGAGACCCUGGAGGCCCUGGGGCCCACCAACAUGACCCUCAUCGUCAUGGUGCUGGUGAGGGACGAGAACCCAGGGAUCCACUACCGCUUCAACCCUCCAGUCAACAGAGACCCUCUGACUGGAUACGCCUGGCACUACACAUCCUGGUCCCGCUGCUCCGCACUCUGCGCUGGGGGUGCUCAGAUCCAGCAGGUCGUGUGUAAGAAGCAAGCUGAUCACUCCGUGGUCUACAACCACUUCUGUGACAAGAAGAGCAAACCCAAAGACAAGAAGCGAGGCUGCAACUCUGAGCCAUGCUCCCCAAGCUGGGGGUCUGGGGAGUGGUCUGAGUGCAGUCGCAGCUGUAACGGGGGCCUGAGGACCAGAGAGGUGCUGUGUAAGAGGAAGAUCUCUCCUACAGAGGAGAAGGUGCAGGACGAUGGUGCCUGUACCCCCCCAGGACCACCCCUCACUGAGCCCUGCAACAACCACACCUGCCCCCCAGAGUGGCUGGCCCUGAACUGGUCAGAGUGUAAUCCCAGCUGUGGUCCAGGGUUCAGGCACCGUGUCCUUCUGUGUAAGAGGGGGGAGAGUGGCGGCACACUGCCAGAGUCCCAGUGUCCCAAGUAUGGGCGUCCCACCACCAGGGUGCGCUGUAACCUGCAGCGCUGCCCACCCCCCAUGUGGGUCACAGGGCCCUGGGGAGAGUGCUCAGCCAAUUGUGGUCUGGGUCAGGAGAUGCGCUCUGUGCAGUGUCUUGUACACACCGGCCAGCCGUCCAAUGAGUGCCCAGAUCUCCUGCGCCCGGCAGCCAUGCAGCAGUGCAAGAGCAAAUGUGACCUCAGCAGCCUACCCAUGGACAUCCCUGAGGGUGACCCUGAAGAGUGUAAAGAUGUGAACACAGUGGCGUACUGCCCCCUAGUGCUCAGGUUUAAGUUCUGCAGCCGCCCCUACUUCAGACAGAUGUGCUGUAAGACCUGCCAAGGACACUGACCCCUGAUCCAGAGUGAGAACCAGAACCAUACUCGGAGUCAUCCCCAGCGGGACCAGACCACCUGAGCUGAACAUUCCACAGGGGGAGGGACUGACAAGCCAUCACACCACAGAGCAGCCUCUCUGACAUCAGGGGAGGGUGAGAGAGAGAACUGUGCUUUUAUCCCCCACUCUGAAAUUGCCCUAACUGAUACCAGCUGUGGGGGCAUUGCUGUGAAGACCAGAUGGGCUGCUGGGAUACCGCUGUUUCUAUGUCCUUAUAUCCUUAUUAGCGUUUGGUGCUACUACCAUUGCCAUGCUGGCCACAGGACUGGCCAAAGUACUCUGUUCAGCUUAGUUACGUUUCUCUGUUGUUUAUUAAGUGGCCCAAUCUUACCCUGAGAAACUGUCCAUACGGACCUUUACUUGUAUAUUUACAGACGUUGCUCUAUGUGUACACAAUCUACACUGUACAAAUGAAAUUGACCUGAUACUUUAUCACUUACCAAAUGUUAAUGUUAGUUAUCUGGUGGCUGUUGUCAACUCACGUGGUCUUCUUUGUUAUCUUGUCAAUGCUUUGACUCAGAACUAAAUCUUUAUGAAUUCUUAUUAAUAUUAUGCUUUUUGAAAAGGGUUUGAUUUGCACAAAGUAUGGCUACUCAUAAGGAUACUGUAUGUUUAGUUAUUUGGGACUUGUCUCGACGACUCUACUGAAUACCAAGGUUCUCCAUCCAUGGUCCGGUCUAUGCUCAUAACCGUUUACUCACCACUGUCUUGUCAUGGGACCCAGCAAGGGCUGGUCAAUGGUCGGUUCAGUUCACAUCUAGCAGCUAACCUCAACACAUCUCUCAUACUGUAGCCCUUACUGUACACAUCUAGAUACAGGCAAAUGUACCGUGGCCUCAGCAAUGUGAAAAAUGCUACAUGGUACAUGGUUAUCUGUACUAGUCAUGUAUACAGUGAGUGAAAAAGUGUCCAUCACUGAGUGAAACACUUCCAACAACCGAUUAGAUGGGAACAGAGACCCUCACAUGUCCUCUGGUCUUAAGUGGUCCUUCUGUCUGAUAGCAUAGCCCUGCUGCGCCUUUAAUGGUCAACCAGUUAACUUCGGUUUUUAAUAUGCUGCAUGUACAGUGAAGGCCUUUUUCCACAUCCAUCCAUCUACUGAGCUCACACCAAGAACCAGCCCUUGCAAUAUGACCGUUCUGGUUUCUGUUGGAGUAACUAGGUUGUUAUUACUCUCCUGAUGGUGCUUUGGAAUGGUGCUAUUUCUUAGCUAAUUAUUGUCGUUAUUUGUUGUCAUUCUGGUGAAUAUAAAGUGCUUUUGUUGAGGUGCUAUAUAAGUUUGUGAGAAGAGGGGGAGAAGUUAACCCUUUAUUUCCUUACCUACAGUAACUCAGUAUGGGACAGACACAUAAGUUACCAAACAUUCAGUCUCUUAUAAAACUGGGUGUCAGCACACUCACUGAUACUUUACUAUCUCACAAAAACCAUAACAAAACUGUUUUAAUAAAACAUUCUGUCUUAUUUGACUGUCUAAAUAUGUAAGUUACAUGUUCUAUUUUGAACCAUCUGUGUCUAUGGUCAUGGUGUGACCUCAGAGGCAAACCAUUUUAUCAAAUAUUAGGGACAAUUGUUUUGUUGUUUUCAGAUGCUUAUUGUUACAGAUAUGUACUGUGUUUUAAUUACUACAGAAACGUUCCCCCGUUCCCCAUGUACAACCAUUGAAAUGAACAUAUUAAAGUGAAUAAAUAUG